AUGAACGAAAAGGUUCAAUUAAACGAAUAUUUAAACAAGAGGAAAUUACCUUAUGCAACGUAUAAAACUGAAACAAGAGGUUCAGAACACAAAAAAGACUUUAGAUCAAUUUUAACAGUAAAUGGUAGAGAUAUUUCAUCAUCAUGGAAAAAAACAAAAAAAGAUUCUGAAAAAGAAUGUGCUAAAAAUGUGUUAGAGUAUUUAUUUUCAAUUGAGGGUCAACCUAUAGAUAUUACCCAAUUGCCUAAAAUAUCACCCUCGGGAACUCCUUUGGUAACAGAACAAACCAAAAUAGGAGAUUCAGCACCACAAACAUUUGGAAUAGCUUCUAUACCAACAGCAUCAAACGCAUCAAUACCGAAUUUACCGACAACAGCAACCACGACUUCAACAACAUUCGAACCAACAAAACAAAUUUAUAUAGCCAGUCAUCAUAACCCAUUAGAUUUCUUUUCACUUUUUAAAAAACAUAAUUAUCCAACACCUCACCAUCAAAAUCCAAUAAUUAAGAAUGUAGAAAAUGAAAUUAUGAUUCUCCGAUUACAUAAUACUAUAAUAUCAUUAACCGACAAAAUCAAUAGAAUUGAAACCAGCUAUCAAGGACAGAUAAAGCAUUUAGUAGAUUCACAAAAUAGAAUAGUUACAAGUUUUAAUAAAUUAAAAAAGAAAAUAAAAGAAAGUAAAGUGGAAACGAUCCCAGAUUUAAAAGAUUUUAUGGAAAAUAUUCAAACUAUUGCAAACGAAAUAGCCAUCAAAGAGGAAAAGGUUUUAUUGGACCAUAUCGAAGCAAUGACAGGAAAAGAAAACAAUGUUAAAAAAAAUGAAAUCGAUGCUAUAAAUCAUCACAAAAAUGAAACAAAAUUAAAUAUUAGCAAAGAUAAAUUCAACCAAAUGAAAACUUUAAAAAUUUCAAUCAAUGAUCUUAUUAAAGAAAAUUUAAUUGAUAAAGAAAAACUCGAAAAAUAUAUCGAAAAAAAAGAACUUGAAAAAGUACAAAAAGGUCAUCAAGAUCAACAAUCCAAUUCAAACAAAAAAAAAAGAACAAGAAAAGAAAAUAAUGAAGAUAUUCAAGGUCCUAAUAAAGUUUUAAAUACAACCUCUUUAAAUUUUUCAUCACCAUAA